CUGGUCAGAAGAGCAUACCUCAAACCGUGAAGAGUGGUGGUUAUAAGAGAGACUGUCUUUUUUUGUGUCGAUUGCAAGGCGAGCGCAAGUGUAUCUUUCAGCAGAAUAAUGGGUCGCUAUUCCCAUCAACCUUCCAACCACGCCAAGUCGUGCCAAGCACGAGGCUCCAAUCUCAGGGUACACUUCAAGAAUACCCACGAAACAUCCCGGGCUCUUAAAGGGAUGCCAUUGAGAAGGGCACAGCGAUAUCUAAAGAAUGUCAUUGCAUUCAAAGAAUGCGUACCUUUCAGGCGUUUCAAUGGUGGUGUAGGCCGUUGCGCUCAAGCCAAACAAUUUGGCACAACACAAGGACGUUGGCCAAAAAAAUCAGCAGAGUUUUUGCUGCAACUACUCAGAAACGCUGAGUCGAAUGCUGAUUUAAAAGGACUAGAAGUAGAUAAGCUAGUCAUUGAGCAUAUUCAGGUCAACCAAGCACCUGCUCUUCGUCGCAGAACAUACCGUGCCCAUGGUCGCAUCAAUCCUUACAUGAGUUCGCCAUGUCACAUUGAGGUUAUUUUAACCGAAAAAGAAGAUGUGGUUGCCAAAGCUGCAGAAGAUGAGCCCACCCAAAAGAAGCUCAGUAAGAAAAAGCUUCAAAAGCAAAAAGAAAAGAUGAUGAGGGAAUGAAGGAUAUUUAAUGUAACUUAAUAAAACAAUAAAAUAUCCAUUUUUUCUUUAA